CACGCCAGAGUCCUCCUUCGCUGUUGCCUCUCGCCCUCUCUCUCUCUCUCUCUCUCUCUCUCUCUCUCUCUCUCUCUCUCUCUCUCUCUCUCUCUUUUUUUCAAGCUGUGAGCUCAACCGAUGAGUCAGAGCCGUGCAAUCCUGACACUGCAUCGCAGGACUGGGGGUGACACAGAGGGAGGGAAGAGCGCUCGCGAGGUGGACAGUACCCGCGCGGGGCGCGCCGAGGUUCCUGCGCCGCAAGCGGGGGGUGACAGCCCACGCGUCCCGCCCGGGCCCUGCCAGCAAACUUCCCAGCUUUGGGAGGCGCUGGCUGGUGGAAGACCUGCGAAUACCGCGGGGAGGCGACGGCGCCUGUUUGUUUUUAAAAUCGGAGAGUGCGUGCAAGCGGCCGGAGUCCAGGAGGCGACCGAAGGCUGCGGCCCGCGGCGGAAGGGGGACAGCAGAGGCCCGAGCUCAGGCAGGAGCGGGGCUCCAGGACCCUGUGGAGCAUCAUGAUCUGGGAAGAGUAGAUGAGCCCAAGAGACUUUCUGGAAGAGACAGGAGAUGCCAGCUGUUCCCUCUCCCUGUGCCUGACCACAUCAUCCAGUAUCAUCAACCCCUGCUCUGCCCUCACUGGCUUCUGGACUAGGGCCAGCCUUCUAGCAGGACCUUUCCCCAGGGAAUGGGCAACUGGUGAAGGAGGUCUCACUGCUGGGCUCCGUUGGCCACACCAUGAACCUCCAGGCCCAGCCUAAGGCUCAGAACAAGCGGAAGCGUUGUCUCUUUGGGGACCAGGAGGCAGCUGCUAAGGAGCAGCCACCACCCCUGCAGGCUCCUCAACAGUCCAUCAGAGUGAAGGAGGAGCAGUACGGUGAGCACGAGAGUCCAGCAGGCGCUGCCUCCACUUCCCAGCCCGUGGAGCUGCCCGCUCCUAACAGCCUGGCCCUGCUGAACUCUGUGGUAUAUGGGCCUGAUCGGAACCCAACAGCCAUGUUGUCCCAGCAGGUGGGCUCAGUCAAGUGGCCCAAUUCUGUGAUGGCCCCAGGGCGUGGCCCAGAGCAUGGAGGGGGUGGGGGUGUUAGUGACAGUGGCUGGCAGCAGCAGCCAGGCCAGCCUCCACCUCAUUCAUGGAACCGGCUGUCCCUCUACAGUGGACACAAAGGGAACCCUCACCCCAGCGUGGGGGUCUCCACCUACUAUAACCACCCCGAGGCACUGAAGCGGGAGAAAGUGGGGGGGCCACAGGUGGACCGCUAUGGAAACACAGUGCGUCCCAUGAUGCCCCAGAAGGUGCAGUUGGAAGUGGGGCGGCCCCAGGCACCCCUGAACUCUUUCCAUGCCAAGAAACCCCCAAACCAGACGCUGCCCCUGCAACCCUUCCAGUUGGCAUUUGGACACCAGGUGAACCGGCAGGUCUUCCGGCAGGGCCCGCCACCCCCCAACCCUGCUGCUGCCUUCCCCCCACAGAAGCAGCAGCAGCAGCAGCAGCAGCAGCAGCAGCAGCAACAGCAGCAGCAGCAGCAGCAGCAGCAGCAGGCCGCCCUGCCGCAGAUGCAGCUCUUCGAGAACUUCUACUCCAUGCAGCAGCCACCCUCGCAGCAGCCCCAGGACUUUGGCCUGCCACCGGCUGGGCCACUGGGACAGUCCCACCUGGCUCACCACAGCAUGGCUCCCUACCCCUUUCCCCACAACCCAGAUAUGAACCCAGAACUGCGCAAGGCCCUCCUGCAGGAGGCAGCCCCGCAGCCCAUGCUACCUCAGCCCCAGAUCGCCUUCCCCCGCCGAUCCCGCCGCCUCUCCAAGGAGGGGAUUCUGCCUCCCACCUCCCUGGAUGGAGCUGGCACCCAACCCGGGCAGGAGCCCACUGGCAAUCUGUUCCUACAUCAGUGGCCCCUGCAGCAGCAGCCACCGAGCUCCCUGGGGCAGCCCCAUCCCGAAGCUCUGGGAUUCCCACUGGAACUGAGGGAGUCACAGCUGCUGGCUGAUGGGGAAAGACUGGCACCCAAUGGUCGGGAGCGUGAGGUUCCCGCCAUGGGCAACGAGGAGGGCCUGAGGGCAGGAGGCACAGGGGACUGUGGACAGGUGCUACGGGGUGGGGUGAUCCAGAGCACAAGACGGAGGCGACGGGCAUCCCAAGAGGCCAAUUUGCUCACCCUGGCCCAGAAGGCGGUGGAGCUUGCCUCACUGCAGAACUCAAAGGAUGCCAACGGCUCAGAGGAAAAGCGGAAAAGCGUACUGACCUCAACUACCAAGUGUGGGGUCGAGUUUUCUGAGGCUUCCUUAGCUGCCAAACGAUUGCGAGAAGACAGCGGGAUGGUACCCCUCAUCAUCCCAGUAUCUGUGCCUGUGCGAGCUGUGGACCCAACUGAGGUAGCCCAGGCUGGAGGUGUAGCCGAGGAUGGCAAGGGUUCUGAACAGAACCCCACUGAGCACAAGCCAUCAGUCAUUGUCACCCGCAGGCGGUCCACCCGCAACCCUGGGAUGGAUGCUCCAGCUCAGGCUGAGGACCUGAAUACCAAGUUGGAGGGGGAGACUUUGGUAAGGAAACCAAAGCAGCGACCCAGGCCGGAGCCCCUGAUCAUCCCCACCAAGGCGGGCACUUUCAUCGCUCCUUCUGUCUACUCCAACAUCACCCCAUACCAGAGCCACCUGCGCUCUCCUGUCCGCCUGGCUGAUCAUCCCUCUGAGCGGAGCUUUGAGCUGCCCCCUUACACACCACCCCCCAUCCUUAGCCCCGUGCGGGAAGGCUCUGGCCUCUACUUCAAUGCCAUCAUAUCAACCAGCAGCAUCCCAGCCCCUCCUCCCAUCACGCCAAAGAGUGCCCACCGCACCCUGCUCCGGUCUAACAGCUCUGAAGUCACCCCACCUGUGCUUUCUGUGAUGGGGGAGGCCACCCCAGUGAGCAUCGAGCCACGGAUCAACGUGGGCACCCGGUUCCAAGCGGAAAUCCCCUUGAUGAGGGACCGUGCCCUGGCAGCUUCAGACCCCCACAAGGCUGACUUGGUGUGGCAGCCCUGGGAGCACCUAGAGAGCAGCCAGGAGAAGCAGAGGCAAGUGGAAGACCUACUGACGGCUGCCUGCUCCAGCAUUUUCCCUGGUGCUGGCACUAACCAGGAACUGGCCCUGCAUUAUCUUCACGAGUCCAAGGGAGAUAUCCUGGAGACGCUGAAUAAGCUGCUAUUGAAGAAGCCCCUGCGGCCCCACAACCACCCACUGGCAACUUAUCACUACACAGGCUCUGACCAGUGGAAGAUGGCUGAGAGGAAGCUGUUCAACAAGGGGAUUGCCAUCUAUAAGAAGGAUUUCUUUCUAGUGCAGAAGCUGAUCCAGACCAAGACUGUGGCCCAAUGUGUGGAGUUCUACUACACCUACAAGAAGCAGGUGAAAAUUGGCCGCAACGGGACUCUCACCUUUGGGGACGUGGAUACAAGCGAUGAGAGAUCUGCCCAGGAAGAGGUUGAAGUGGAUAUUAAGACUUCCCAGAAAUUCCCAAGGGUGCUUCCUCCCAGAAGAGAGUCCCCAAGUGAAGACAGGCUGGAGCCCAAGAGGGAGGUGAAAGAGCCCAGGAAGGAGGGGGAGGAAGAGGUACCAGAGAUCCAGGAAAAGGGGGAGCAGGAAGAGGGGCGAGAGCGCAGCCGGCGGGCAGCAGCUGUCAAAGCCACGCAGACACUACAGGCCAAUGAGGCGGCCAAUGACAUUCUUAUUCUCCGAAGCCACGAAUCCAAUGCCCCUGAGUCGGCCGGUGGCCAGGCUUCAGAGAAGCCACGGGAGGGACCAGGGAAGUCACGAAGGGCACUGUCUUUUUCGGAGAGGAAGAAAAAAACAGAGACAUUUAAUAAGACUCAAAAUCAGGAGAACACUUUCCCUUGUAAAAAAUGUGGCAGGGUGUUUUACAAGGUGAAGAGCCGCAGCGCGCACAUGAAGAGCCACGCGGAGCAGGAGAAGAAGGCUGCGGCGCUGAGGCUGAGGGAGAAGGAGGCCGCCGCUGCCGCCGCCGCCGCCGCCGCCGCCGCCCCGCACCCGCAGGCGCUGCGAGAAGAGAGCGGUGCGGGCGAGAAGGGCUGAGCGGCCACCCGCCCCUCUCCCAAGGCCCGAGCAGGGAGCGAGGACCGGGUCACGUGGACUUGUAUCAACAAAACAAAUAAGACAGUGAAAUAAAUGGCUCUUUCUUUAUAAAGGCCCCAGGAGCAGUGGUAAGGGCUGCAGGAUCCAGUUCUCUUUGCAUUCAGUCUGUCGGAAGUUGUCCUUCUGCUUUCCUGGUUCCUGGAACUGUGAGAGUCCUGGUCCCCGGGGGGCGGCCCCCAGCUGCCUCUCAGAUCUCUGCUGCCUCUUUGCUGCUGCACAGCCUCUUCCCUCCUCUUGGCCUCCCCCCUCCUCGGUCUCCUGGAAGCCACCGUGGAGCCAAGCACAAGCUCACCCCCAUUGCAGCAUUAUUUCCCCUCCCCAGAGGUUCUGGAAGGUUGCCUUGCCUCAAGCCCAGAUAAUGGGACUUACUGGGAGGGAGUGUGGUAGCCUGGCACCUGUGCUGUCCUUGCACAGCCGUGUCCAGGCCUGAGCUGCUCCAGUGACCCUGUCUUCAGGCUACCUCCUCCCCGGAGCGAAGCUGCCGACAGGUACUGUCCCUCUGCUGCUUGCUAGCAGCCCUGCUGGGUCUGCAAAGUUUUCUCAAACAUUUGGGAAAGGAGCCAGUGUUCCCUUCCCCUGCUCUCUGCCUGAACUGUCCAGAGGCUGGGAGCUGCAGGGCGAGGCCCCAGGGGACUUCUGACAAGCCUGGCUCUUCGUGCUUUUCUCCUUUUUGCCAAAUACUUUGGGGCUCUGGAGGCUGCUGAGGGAGCUUAGCCUCAGGCAGGUCCUGGUGAGGCCCAGCCUGUUCCUCCUUGGUGCCAGCUCCCUGCUUGCCUCUCUCCUGCCCUCAGCAGUUGCCACCUAACCCCACUGCACCCCACCCAGUGUUGAUCUCCAUAGCCCAGCCCCUAGUCCUGCACUCUGGAGAUUUCUGGAUCCUUCCCUGGGAGGGGGAGGUCUCCUAACUAGAUUGAACAGGAGCCUUCAUUCCUUGACUCGGGUCAUUUGGGAGCUAUUUAUUUAUUCUUAAUAUUUAAUUUUUGACAUCCUCUCAGGGACCAGGGGCCUCAUGCAUUCCAGAGGCCCAAGUGCAUUUAUCCCAAAACAUGGCACCUUCUUGACAUCCCCAUCUCCACCCCAAGGCCCUAGGGUUCCUCAUCUUGUUGCUUUGGUAGCUCUUGCCAAAAGGAAUGAUAGUAGCAUUGAGAGAGGGUGGAAAAGAGGAGGGUGCCACCAAAGCCACACAGAGACUAGGAGGAGUGAGGGAGAUCAAAGGCAGUUCUUGUUGCUGACCCUUCUGUACUUUGAAAUUGCCUGAGGGAGCUGGCAGAAGGUCAGAAUUCUAGUAUUGUUUACCAGGCCUGGAUUCUGGCUCAAAGAAGCCAUAUUUGGCAUGGAAUCACUGAAGUGAAAAGACCAGAAGGUUCUGGAGGCCCUGUCACUUGCCAUUCCCAUAGGGGCCUAAGUUAAUUUUCUGAUCUCAUUACCCAACUUUAAUUGUGCAAAAGAAAUUCCAAAUGAAUGUGUAUAAGACAGAUCAACAUACUAGGGAGGAUCCAAAAAGGAUUUAUUCUGAGACUCUUCAGGAGAUAGGCUAAAGUCAUUAUUCCAGGAACUUCGAAUGAAAGAGGGUUUUAGCUAUGCUAUCAGGUAUUUUUCAUAUUCAUUUGUACUUUAAUAUGGUUCUAUAGAACCCCAGCUAUGGGAGUAAGAUUCCUGGACAACUACCUAGAUCUCCAGCUUCCUUAUUAGUUUACUAAAAGUCCCAAGAUGGCAAAAUCUGGUGUACCCUCUAGAAGCAGGAGGGCAGCAAAUUAAGGCUCUCUUCUAAAUCACUUCUAUAAUGAGUGCCUUCACAGCUUAGCCCCAAAGUGCUACCUAUGUUUCCCAUGGUUUGUUCUCUUUAAACCAUACUUGGUUUCAGGCCCCUUUAUGAACAUGUGAUAACAGAAACCUUCAGUCACAUGAGACUUAUGUUCAGUGGUAACAUCUAGUUCUUGGAAAUCUCUUUGAAUAAGAAAGUGAUUCUAUUCUAAACUCACAGAAAUGAGACCAGGCAAAUGUAGCCAGGGAAAAUCAAGAUGGUAUCUCUUGGUAUUAAUCAGAUCAGAGUCCCUACUUUAGGAGGGCACAUGCUUCAGUAUACAUUUGUAUCUAGAAUGCAGUGUGAAAAUUGAAAUGUUUAGAGGGCAGAUGCAGUUGUGGUGAGUGACCUGUCAAUAAAAUAGGUGCAAGCAUAGAAGCUGGCAUAGAUAUGUAUACCGUUAAUGGUGCUUUCUCCCUGUGAAAGUGUUAGGCUUGUCUUUUGUUGCUGUUUUUCCCUCCUAUUCAGAGCUCUGCUUUAAGAAGUUAAGUGACAAAUACCUUCAGCUUUAUAAAUGUUCCCCCAUACCAUCUAUCUAUAUCCAUCUCCCGGCUUCCAUCAGCAUUCAGCUAAGGGUGUGAAACUGACCUAGUGCCUGUGUUCCAGACCAUUUCUGAGGUCUCUUACCCAUCCAAGGAGACAGUGCCAUCAUUACUGUCCUCCAUGCCUUCAGCAGCCCCCUCACAGCUAAGGUACACACCCACCCCUCUGCCACCCAACCUCCACCCCUGGCACAGAGGUCUUGUGCUGCUUAUGUUUAAAGGGAUUGCCUAUAUUUAAAUGCCUCAGUGACCUAACCUCUUUCUUCUCAUGUGCCAGAUGUUAAGAUGAAGGAGGAAUACAACACAUACUCAAGCCUCAACUGUUUCAAUGUUUUCAAUGGGGCUCACUUUUCUGGGAUGUUAUUUAUUACCAGACUGGCAAGCUUAACUCCUUAGGUUUACAGGAAGUAUGCAUAUUUUUAUAAAACAUUUGUGUCCACCCCAUAUUUGGCUGUGUUAAUAUUUGCCUCUAACAAUUUGCAGCUAAUUCACCUUUUUCCUCAUUUGUCUCUAAACUGAAGGCCUUGUUGGAGGGGACAGAGCACAGGAACAGCCUUGACAGUUUGUAAUUAUUGUAAAAAAAAUUUAGUAGCAUAUAAAUAAGUAUAUUCCUUUUAUUUUGAAACAAAAAUGAUCAGACACUGCCUUUUGUGUGUUUGCUGCCUGUGGCACCCUUUUUUAAAAAGACUGUUACAUAUUAAAAUAGUGUACAUAUAUAUAUAAAUAUUACCUCUUUUGCUGUACAGUUGUGAUAGACCAGACUGAAGAUUUUAUUUUUUGUGUGCUUUUUAUAAAAAAUUAAUACACUAAAGAGAAUCUUGCUGAUGUGAUUGUAAUGUACCUAUGUAACUUAUUUACUUUUGAAUGUUCUUCUGUAUCUUUAAACCUUUUAUUAAAUAAGGUUUUAAAAAUUCA